UUUAGCUACGCGUGUUCGUUUUAAUAACUUUUAUGAGCAUAGAAAAAGUGUUAAUUACUUUAAAUUGAAAGUAAAAUCUUAAAGUUCUUAGACUUUUGGUUUUUAAAACGCAAGAAAACAAGGAAUUUAUAUUUGAGAGAAACGUGUAAAAAAAGCUUUUUUCGGUGGCUGUAGUUUGUGAGGUGCAUAAAAAUUUAACUGAAAUUCAAGAAAUCCAAAAAACAAAACUUGCUAAGCUGCUGGUUGGUGAGGCACAAAUACAAAAUUGAUUGCACAUUAAGUUUUUUAAACAUUUGGGAAGGAAAAACAACAAUAAACAGAACUCUAUAAGUGUGUGGAGAUAUUCAAUUAAAAACUACUUAAAUGGUGCUAUAAUAAUUACUAGUUUAAGUAUACUUUUCAAGCUAAUUAGUUGGAAUUUUAAGGCAAACACUAAUUAAGUGGAAAUACUAAAGGUUUUAGACAGAAUAUAAAAGUUAAAACCAACUGAACUUUGUUACUUGAAUAUUGAAUGGAACUGCAAUUAAAUUGCAAAACAGGAACCAAUUUUCAUAAAUCAGACGCCAACAAUUUAGGAAAAAGUAAACAAAAUUUGCAAACACUUUUCAAGAAACUAGAAGAAGAAGAAAAAACAAGACAGCAAUUAAACAACGCCGUUUUGCAUGUUGUUAUCAUUAAAUAUAAGAAAAAGAAAACGAAAAACCACACAACGAAGAAAAAAGAUAAAAAAUUGCUUUUAUUUACAGCAACAAUAAUAAGAAAAUAAUUAUAAAACACCAACAGCAGAGAAAUAAAUAAAAGAGCAAAGUGUUUUUAAACAGAAACAGUAAAAAUAAAAAUCUACUUAUAAAAAGAGAGCCCCAUCAUCAGCACAACCGAGUAGUGGGGGAAACACUAAGCGAAAGCGCAGUUGGAGCAACAAAACACUAGCAUUUUGCAAAACUUGUUCAGUAGUAAGACAUUAGGCAGCCUAUUAAAAACACCUCCUAUCAAAAAAAAAAAAAAUAAACUAGCUGAGAGAGCUGCCAGCUAGAAAGGGUUUUUUUAAUUAAACAACUAAACAGCAAACACUUUAAUAAACGAUAAACAAAAUAAUUUAAAAGAAAUUUAUUAAAAAAAAUAAAUCACCAAGCAGCAAUAAACUUCCUAAUAAUUUCGUGUGUUUAAUUGCAACAAACCCCCAAAAAUAAAGCAUCAGCUGUUAAAACCAUAAAUUCCAAAAGUAAAAAAAGAAAACUACUUGCAGCAAAAUGAAUAUUGACGACUAUGAAUCUUUGCCCACCACAAGUGUGAGUGUAAAUAUGACGGCCGGAGCUAUAGCCGGUGUAUUGGAGCACAUUGUUAUGUAUCCCAUGGAUUCAGUUAAGACACGUAUGCAAAGUUUAUCACCAGCCACAUCAAAAUACAACAUCACAGCCACAUUUACAAAUAUGAUAAAAAAGGAGGGUAUCCUGAGACCCAUACGAGGUGUUAGCGCUGUUGUGGCUGGUGCUGGUCCAGCACAUGCUUUAUACUUUGGUUCCUAUGAAAUGUCCAAAGAACUGAUGACCAAAGUAACCACACACAAUCAUAUAAAUUAUAUGGCUUCCGGUGUCAUUGCUACUCUCAUACACGAUGCCGUUUCAAAUCCCGCUGAGGAUAAACAACGUUUACAAAUGUAUAAUUCUCCCUAUAAAUCGGUGGUGCAAUGUUUGCGUGGCGUUUAUCAACAGGAGGGUAUUAAGGCUUUUUAUCGCUCAUAUUCAACACAAUUGGUAAUGAAUAUACCAAAUCAGACAAUACACUUUUCCACUUAUGAGUUUUUCCAAAAUAUGCUCAAUCAUGAACGCAAAUAUAAUCCCCCGGUUCAUGUCAUUGCUGGCGGUGCUGCUGGUGCUUGUGCGGCUGCAAUUACCACACCAUUAGAUGUUGUUAAAACACUAUUGAAUACUCAGGAAACGGGUUUGGUUAAGGGAAUGAUGGAAGCCAUUAGAAAGAUAUAUGCAGUGGCUGGUCCUCUCGGCUUCUUUAAGGGUUUAACGGCUCGUGUCCUUUAUGCAAUGCCAGCGAAUGCUAUUUGUUGGUCCACUUAUGAAUUUUUCAAAUUCUAUUUAUGUGGCAUCGAUCGUGAUCACUACAAAUCGACAAUAACGGGUAAAAAUGCGCUGCAACCACGUAAAACCUCCACUUCCGAUGUAGUUGGCGAUAUACACAUACCUAAUGCAUAUCUUAUGGUACCAGUGCCCGAAACUAGCGAAGAAUUUAAGAAUCCCAAAGAAUCAUCAACACCACCACCACAACAGCCUCAUACACCAGCCACUACUACAGCCCUACCUACUGGUCCCAUUAAAACAGUUUGUGAACUGUCCACCAGCGUUACAUCACCCACCCUUAAUCUGACCACUAGACAUACAGAUGUUAAAAGUCCCUUCGACAGAGGAUUCUCAAGUCCAUAA